UAAUUGUUCUGUGAUAUUAUACUGCUCUCUAGUGUUCAAGGAAACAAACAGCAACACGAAGUCAUUGGUUGUAUUCAUAUGAAAAUCAUGAUUACAAGGGGCGACAUCUGCACUGGAGGUGAGUGUAUUCUGUGCUGUGGAGACCAGUUUUCUUAGGAGAAGGUCAUUUCAGGGGAGGGUGCGGGGAACGUGCAGCAUCUCUCUGCGACAACUGCGCCAAAGCCUCCUGCAGUUUGGUGGAAAUAAACCGGACAGAGAAACGCUAAACAAAGUAAAGGGAUAUUCCACUGUGCACUGCCUCACAGCUAAAGCAUACAACAUCCAGACCUGAGGCUUUUAUCACAGUUCCUCGGUUCAGGAUGUCAUCCUCUGAAAAUGCUGCGUCAUGUGAAGUCUGUGAAGCGUCACCUUCAACUUCAGAACCCCUGAGGAUUGUUCUGCUGGGGAGAACAGGAACCGGCAGAAGCUCCUCAGGCAACACCAUCCUGGGCAGGUCCGCUUUCUGGGUGGACGUCUCCCCCUCUUCUGUGACCACACAAUGCAAGAGACAAACGGGGACACUGAAUGGGCGCAGCCUUUCUGUGAUAGACACGCCAGGAUUCUUCCACACACAGCUACGCCCUCAAGAGGUCAUAGCAGAGGUGGGGCGCUGUGUUGCUCUGGCCACUCCGGGACCCCAUGCCUUCUUGGUGACCCUACAGCCAGGCAGGUUCACACAGGAGGAAAAGGACACCCUGGAGUGGAUGAAGGCUACUUUUGGACACAAAGUAGUCAGGUUUACCAUGGUGCUCUUCACUUGGGGAGACCUUCUACUGGGCAAAGACAUCGGGGAUUUCCUGGAGGAGAACCACGAGCUGGUGGAGUUUGUCAGCAGCUGCCAGGGAGGGUUUCAUAUCUUUGACAACAGCGAACAGGACAAGGCAACAGCAUGCACAAAACAGGUUGUGGAGCUACUGAAGAAAGUGGACAAAAUAGUGGCUGACAAUGGAGGUGGUUGCUAUAGCAAUGAGAUGUUUAACAAAGCUGAGAGGGCCAUCAGGGAUGCACAAGAGAUGAUUCUGGAAGAAAGUGGACCAAAGGUGGAAUACCCUCAGAGGCUGACUGAAGGUAAGGAAGAGCCGGGGCCAGAGAGGAGGAGACAGAGGGAAGAUGAAGAAGAGAGGAGAAGAGAGGAGGAAGAGGCCAAGAAGAGGGCAGAGAGGCUUUUCUGGUGUGAGCUGGUGACUGCACUGGGAAAAGGUGCUGCAGAGGGGGCAGGGGUCAUGGGGAAGGACAAAGGGAAAGGCAAGGUUGUGAAGAAAGUGAAGGUGGUGGAGAGGGCAGCCGCUCUGGCAGCAUCGCCACUCUGCAUCAGUUCUGCUGCAAAAAUGGUGAGUGGGGCUGUGAGAGAGGGAAGUAAGGUCUUUUACAAGCACCGAAAAACAUUACUGCAUUGA